CCGUAGAAAUUGUUGCCGGCACCACCACCACGGCCACCCGACCCGAGCAGCCACCGAGCACCCAGCAAGAACCUCUCUGCCUCUCUAGGCUUUGACGUCCUCACUGCCACUUGAAAUAUCGGUGGGCACGGCCACUCCAGUCUUCCACUGCUCCGGGCUGUGAUUUGGUGCGACUUGGUGGUGGCCGUGCGCGUCUUGGCUUCUGCUUUCUUUCUCGCUUCCUUGGAGGAUUUGGACCCGUUGGAAUUCAGAAGCUUGCUGGCCAUGGUCAAAGGGUUCGGGGAUGGAUUGAGGCGUGGGGGAAGAGGAGGGUAGCUUCCUCUUCUUCGGUGAUCGGGUCUGGGUUCGUGGAUCGUGGGAGCAAUCAUGGCGGCGGGUGGGUACUGUCACAGGGUGCGCUCAUCUUUGCAAUCGGAUCAGAAAGACCUCUCUAUUUUCUGAUGUCAUCAUAAGUGAAGCCCUCUCUGAUGAAAAGCUGUUGUUUUGGUUGUUUUCUUGGAAUACUGGUUAACGGAUGGUAGCAUAUUCUAUUCUGUGUGAUUAGGCUUGAUUGCAGACUGAUGCUCCCUAUCGCUUACGUCCUCUGAUCAUCCAGAGUAUACCAUCUGGCAGCUAGCAUUUCUCUAUUGGAAUUAUCACCCUUCAUAAGAAAUAGGGCAAAUCUCCUUUGGCAAACAUAGUUCAGAGGUCAUCUCUUUGUCGGUUUAUCCUGAACUUGUUCCUAUGAUUGAAUGAAAUAUCAGCAGCAAGAUACUUCUAAUGACCUCCCUUAGAACAUCCUCAUUUAGUUUGGUGGAAGUUUCAGAAGGUUCCAUUCCUGGUCAGGUUUCCUCUGUCAUGUGUAUCAGCUGAUUUGCUGGGCAAAUCUCCUUUGGCAUUACUUACUUACUGGUUCUUUUGGGCAAAUCUCCUUUGGCAUUGGCUGCUCCAGAUCUCUCUGUGGGCAAAUCUCCUUUGGCACUAGUUCUAGUUUUAGCUUUAGUUUCGGACUGCUCUUUGGGCAAAUCUCCUUUGGCACAAAAUACUAUCUUCUUAUAUUUGCUUUAUUUUGGGUAAAUCUCCUCCAGCUGUGAGUAGCAGCAGCUCUAUCAGGGUAAUUCUCCUUUGGCAUUAUUAGUCAAGUGUGCUGGCGGCGUGCACGUAAAUUCUACCAAAAUAUCAAGAAGUACUUCUGGAAGGUGGAAGGUAAUACACCGUUUUCCUUCAAUGUAGCAUUCUGUGGUGCCUGGAAAGCUAUGAUGGCCAUGCGUUAGUUGUAGUCCAAUGAUACAUAACUAGAGGUACCUAAAUCAUAGGACAAGUAUUAACUCAAAUUUAGAAUAGAAGGCUAGAGAGAAAUGCUUGUCCAGUCCUCACAUGGUUAAUUUAUUUGUGGUGGCAAAUAUGAAGACAAAUUUUGACAUCAACAUCAGCAGAAGGCUAGGGGGCCAUACAUACACAUCGCAGUGGAUAGAUAAUUGAUUAGCAUAUAACAUAAUGUUACAAUGAAAACGCCUCCACGAUGUUUCUCUGUCAUUCCUCCUGUGGGUGAUAUAAUCAUGAUUUGUCAGUUGUCAUGGUAGAAUGGAAGGAAAACAAAAAAGAAAUAAGCAUAUGGAGCCAAUAGCAGAACAAAAUAGUGGAAAGAGAAAUUAUGAGCACACCAAGGGUUUUAACAAUUUGAAACAGUUACUUUUGACAAAAAAAAGAACCUAAAUUAUUCUUAAGUUAAAUAAGGUUUGGAUGUUUGGUGAUCUUUUAGGUUCUGGUACCUUCCAAUACAUUGCAACCACCAUAAAAAGAUCUAGUUCUACAUUCUUUUGUCUCGUUACGAUCUCUAAUCCUGUGUGUGCGUGCGCGUGUGUCCUUGCCUCCUUGGGUAUGUUGUAAGGGUUCUCUACCCUUUUUCUUCUUAAUAUAAAGAUACAACUCUCCUGCAUGUUGGAGAAAAAAAAUCUCUAAUCCUCCUAUGUUGCCUUUAUUUUCUGCAGGAAUACUUGGCCAACUGUGUUGUUACAUUGCCAUUCCAAACAUCAACUUGCUUAUUGUUGUUUGUUCUUGAGAUUACCACGUUAUCCAUACAGUACACACCUUAUUCUAAGAAGGUGGGCAUUUAUUUAAUCUAACAUUUCUUGACAAGGUUGUCUUAUAUGCCAUAUGGAAUGACCAAGCGUGGUGUUGCAGGAUUUGGAAUCAUGGAUUUGUUUGCAAUUGACUCGGAUAGUGAGUCAUAUAGUGGGACCAGUGACAGCGAAGACCAAGAAGAAUGCGAAUUUACGUACAGUGACCAUGCCCAGAGUAUCUUGUCCAGCCUGGAUGAGAGCAUUGGCAAGAUCGAUAAUUUUCUGACUUUUGAAAGGGGGUUUCUGCAUGGGGAUAUAGUCUGCCCUGUUUCCGACCCCUCAGGUCAGCUGGGACGGGUUGUUGGUGUUGAAAUGUUUGUUGACUUGGAGACAAGCUCUGGUGACAUAAUUAAAGAUGUAAACAGCAAGAAGCUAUCAAGAGUGAGAUCCUUCGUUUCUGGAGACUGCGUCGUAAUGGGACCAUGGAUUGGACGGGUGAUCAGAGCAUUUGACCUUGUUACUGUUUUGUUCAGCGGCGGGGCGAAGUGUGAAAUGCUGUUAAGGGAUUCUGAGGCACUGAAGCCCAUUCCACCAAUUCUUUUUGAAGAUGCACCUUAUUUUUACUAUCCCGGUCAACGUGUGAGGAUUGUUGAACCCUCGGUUUACCAGUCAGCAACAUGGUUGUGUGGAUCAUGGAGGCCAGGUAGAGAUGACGGUGUUGUCUCUCAUGUAGAUGUUGGGAUGGUGCAUGUGAACUGGAUCACAUCUGUGACCAAUGUUUGGGGAGAUAAAUCAUCAAGUCCUCCAAACAUUCAGGAUCCAAAGAAACUCACUUUGCUGUCAUGCUUCCCUUAUGCUAAUUGGCAACUGGGUGAUUGGUGUGCUCUUACAGCUGACGACCAUGGAUGUCUGUGGAUGGAUUCUGGGAAGUCUUGCAUUGUUAGUGAAGCCUGGAAGUGCAACUCUCCUGGGCACAUGCAUUUGGAAAAUUGUAGUUCAGGUUAUUCUCAAACAUAUGUUGUCUCCAAGACAAAGAGUACUGUUGAUAUUCUUUGGCAAAAUGGAAGCAUAUCCCUUGGUCUGGAACCCCAGACACUGGUUCCUGUGAGUACCCUUGGUGAUUAUGAUUUUUGGCCAGGGCAAUUUGUCCUAGAGAAACUGGCUGUUGAGGAUUCUGCAAGAUGUCAACGAACUGGGAUAGUGAGAAAUGUGGAUGCACUCGAGCGAACAGUAAAUGUAUCAUGGAUUAGUCCUGCAGGCAGUGACACUGUCAGCUAUGGAAGAACAGUGGAGACUGUGAGUGCUUACGAGCUGGUAGAGCACCCAGAUUUCUCCUUCUGCACUGGUGAGGUCGUUAUCAGGUCAGCUGUGAACAUAAAAAAGUCUGAAGCAGAUCUCACAAAUGUGUCAUUAGCAAGCAGGGAAUCAUUGGUUACCCACUCUGACUUCUUAUCAUGCAUCGGAAAUGUGCUUGGCUACAAGGAUGACGGAAUUGAAGUCCAGUGGGCUAAUGGUGUGAUAUCCAAGUGUCAGGUGCAGCAUUUUGAAAUAAUUGGAUUGGAUAAACUUCUUGAUAGUUCACUAGAAUCGAUGCAUGAGGAAAAUACAGCCGGUGAUUCAGUAGAUAUGGACGAGCAGGACGAAAUGCAUCAUGAGAACGCAAACAUCUGUUUCUCUAUCUAUCCUAUUGCUCUGGAAUCUACUGACUGCACUGGUUCCUUGUGCAAAGCCACUGCCUUUCUCUUUCCCAAGACAGCUUUUGAUUUCCUUACAAAUGUGGCUUCUAGUUUAUUUGGUACUCAUGGUUCUCCAUCGCCAAGCUCAGUUGUGAUAGAUCCUCGAUAUCAAAUUAUUAAGACGGCAGAAAUGCAGACAUCUGCAGAUGAAUUGCCAGAGGAAAAACAGGUAGUGGAGUUGGUGGCAAAGAUUGAGAAACCAAAUCUCACUUCAGAAGAUAACACAUCAAAAGGAUUUGAUGUAGUGACUGAUUGUUCGGAUCAUCACUUUGCGAAGGGAAGUGGCCAUGAAAGUGUUACAAGAAGUUGGGUGAAGAAGGUGCAACAAGAAUGGACGAUCCUGCAAAAUGAUUUACCAGAUGGUAUUCAUGUAAGAGUUUUUGAGGAAAGGAUGGAUCUUCUGAGGGCUUGCAUUGUUGGGGCAACUGGAACACCUUAUCAUGAUAAUCUUUUUUUCUUUGAUAUUUUCUUUCCUCCUGACUAUCCCCAUGAACCACCUUCUGUUCACUACCACUCUGGUGGUCUCCGCCUGAACCCAAAUUUGUAUGAGUCGGGAAAAGUAUGUCUCAGCCUUCUCAAGACAUGGACAGGGACAGGUAACGAGGUGUGGAAUCCAGAUAACUCAACUGUUCUUCAACUGCUGUUGUCCCUUCAGGCCCUUGUUCUCAAUGAAAAACCUUAUUUCAAUGAGGCGGGCUAUGACAAAUUUUUGGGGAAGGCUGAUGGAGAGAAGAACUCUAUUACUUACAAUGAGAAUGCUUUCCUGCUGUCAUGCAAGUCCAUGAUGUAUGUUUUACACAAACCACCAAAGCAUUUUGAGAAGUUGGUCAAGGAGCAUUUCACUUGUCGCGCCCAACGCAUUCUGGAUGCCUGCGAGGCUUAUCUUGGCGGUGAUCUCGUUGGACAUGCGCACGACAAAGCAUACAUAUCAGAGGACGGCAGCAAGAACUGUUCAACCGGUUUCAAGAUAAUGCUUGGAAAGCUUCUGCCGAAGAUUGCCGCUGCCUUCUCUGAAGCGGGGAUCAUCAGCGGCCAGUAAACCAGAGCUAACUUGCUCCCUACAUCAUUAAUGAAACUGGGACCCUUUAUCAGUGAUUAUUGUGUGUAUUUUGAUGCUUGUGUAUUCCAAAUAAAAUGCUAACUGGUUCAUGCGUUAGUUAUGUCUGUCUUGUAAAUGCGGAACAGUAUAUACUCAUGAUUGCUGAACUGAAAUGUUGCUAAGCUAAAGGCAACUCAAGUGUGGAGUGCCUGGGUUUGGGUUGUAUUCUACGUUAAGUGUGAAAGGUAUGUAAAUGUGCGUUCUUGAAAGGUUUUCCUAAAUUAUUGACA